AUGCAGAGUAAUCAUACAGCCGCCUCCAGUCAUUAUGAGGUGCUGAGCAUCUCCCUGAUGUCGCUCCUGGCUGUGCUCAUUACGGUGGGGAAUGUGCUGAGCUUGACCGUGUUCCUGGGUUCCAGACGUUUCCGCACUUCGCAGGGAUACCUCAAAAUGUCCCUGGCCUCAGCGGAUCUGGCCGUGGGUGUUGCCGUGGUCCCGUACUCGGUUUACAACGAGGUUGAGGGUCUGAUGACCUCGCGGGGUCAAAGUUCAAGCGUAGGCUCCAACGUUUCUGCUGAGGUUGUGCCAGUCUCCGAGGGCUUUCAGCCGUGCUUCGUUAUGGGACCCGUGUUUGCGGGGUGCACCUUAGUAUCCAUCACCACCAUCUUCCUCCUGUCACUGGAGCGAGCCAUCACUGUGCUCAGACCGCUGCAGAAGAACAUGAUAGUGACCAAAGAGAGGACCUUAGGCCUCAUUGCGCUGACCUGGCUUCUGUGCUUCUCCCUAGCCGUGACCCCUCUGCUCCUGUCCGAGGACAUAACCCUGGAGUUCAGCUCCUGCAGCAAGAUGUGUAACUACGCCCCCUGUCCAGUGGGGCAUCACCACCACCCUCGCAAUGCCAGUUCCAGCCCAGUGGCCAACAUCAUGCUUGUGUUCCCCAUCUUCGACUUCGCCAUGCUGGGCGCCACCUGUGCGGUCAACGCCGUCACCUUCUCGGCCGUGCGGCGCUUCUGCCGGGCCCGGGCACAGGAGGCCGGCGCCAGGAUGCCCAUGUCCAACGGGCCGUCCUUCUCGGACAUCCGCGCCGCCAAGACCAUCUGCGUCCUGACGGGGUUUUUCUGCGCCUCCUUCAUGCCCGUGGCCGUGCUAGUGACGGCCAGCGUGCUGCUGGGCCGCAACUGGUGCCACUUCUCCCUCUACGCCUUCUGGAUCCUGACCUGCAGUAGCGGCUGGAACGUGCUCAUCUACAGCGCCCGCGACAGACGCUUCCGCCAGCGCACCCGCGAGCUCCUGCUGGGCUGCCGGCGGGCAGACAGACAGAGGAGGGUGGACGCCACCACGCGGCAUGAGCUGACCUUAACGACUCUCCCCGUGGACGGAUCUUUCAGCCAGAACUCGCCACAGUGCAGCCCGGGCACCUCACACCUGCUCAGGGUGAACAGGAGCUGA